AUGGACGACUACGAUGCUCUCGAGGAUUUCGACUUCGAGCAGACGCUCGGCCCCGGCCCGCUCCCGCCGUCCGCGCCCGCCUUCAGCACCGCCGUGCCUUCUUCCGCGCCCGGCGCGGCGGCAUCCGUGGAGCCGAGCGCCGGCCCUGGCGCACCCGGCGGCGCGGGCGGCGGCAAUUUCGGCGCGAGGACCGACGGGUUCGGCGGGAAUUUGUCGCAGCACCCGCAACCCCCGUACCAGCAGCAGCAGCAGCAACACCAAUUCCCGCAAAGUCAGCAGCAGCAGCAGCAGCAGCAGCAGCAGCCGCAUCAGCAGCAGGCGCACGACAUGGGAGGGGGCCACGGGGGCGGCCCGCCGCCUGCCGGUUUCCGGCGGAAUUACCGGCAGACCGUUUGCCGGCACUGGCUGCGCGGGCUGUGCAUGAAGGGGAACGACUGCGGGUUUUUGCACCAGUACGACAAGAGCCGCAUGCCGGUUUGCCGGUACUUUGCGCGGUGGGGCGAGUGCAGGGAGGUUGACUGCGUGUACAAGCACACCAACGAAGACGUCAAGGAGUGUAACAUGUACAAGCUUGGAUUCUGCCCGAACGGCCCUGAUUGCCGCUACCGACAUUUAAAGCUGCCCGGCCCGCCUCCUCCUGUAGAGGCCCUAGCGGAAAAGUUUCAACUGCAGCUGCAGCAGCGCCCGCCCUUCCACUUCGCGGGGGGGAUGGGGGGCGGAGGGGGGGGCAUGGGGGGAGGGAUGGGGGGAGGGAUGGGGGGAGGCAUGGGGGGAGGCAUGGGGGGCCCGGGGAUGGGGAAUGGGGGGCCAAUGGGGGGCGGCAACAAGCCUGUGCGGUUCUUUUCUGGGCCUGGGGGGAUGGAGCAGCAGGGGGGCGGGGGGAUGGGCGCACAUGGCGGAGGGGGAAUAGGGAUAGGGGGAGGCAUGGGGGGAGGCAUGGGGGGAGGCAUGGGGGGAGGCAUGGGGGGAGGCAUGGGGCAAGGCAUGGGGCAAGGGGGAAUGGGCCCAGGGGGGAAUAUGGGGCCUGGGGGAGGAGCAGGUGGGGGUAUGGGCGGAGGCGGGGGAGGGGGAAUGGGGGGAGGAGGGGAGAUGGGGCAAGGGGGCCCCAUGGGGCAAGCAGGCGGGGGAGCAGGGCCUGCUGGGGGGAUGGGCGCAGGCGGAGGGGGGAUGGGGCCAGGCGGAGGGGGAAUGGGGCAAAGCGGAGGGGGAAUGGGGGCGGGCGGAGGGGCAGGGGGGGCAGCUGGGCAUAUGCAGCAACAGCAAGGGAUGGCGGCUCAAGCAGGAGGCAUGGGAGGAGGGGGAGGGAUGGGUGGAGGGAUGGGGGGAGGGAUGGGGGGAGGGAUGGGAGGAGGGGGGAUGGGAGGGGGAGCAGGAGGGAUGCACGGGGAAGGGGGGAUGAUGAUGGGUGAUGUGUCAGCAGCAGGCAUGGGAGCAGCAAUGGCGCCGUCUCAACCCAUGAGUCUCGCCAUUCCCCCGCCUCCAGGCACAACCAGGUACUUCAUCGUGAAGAGCAACAAUUUAGAAAAUCUUGAACUGUCGGCGCAGCGGGGCAUGUGGGCGACGCACCGCAACAACGAGGGGAAGCUGAACGAGGCGUACGAGUCGUGUGACAGCGUUAUCCUCAUCUUUUCCGUCAAUGAGACCAGGCACUUCCAGGGCUGUGCGCUAAUGAUGUCGCGCAUAGGAGCAGUGGUGGGGGGAGGGCCGUGGAAGUAUGCUCAGAGGAUGGGCAGCUAUGGACAAAACUUCCGUAUCCGAUGGCUCAAGCUGUGUGAGCUAUCAUUCAACAAGACGCGCCACCUGCGCAACCAGUACAAUGACAACCAGCCCGUCAAGAUCAGCCGCGAUUGCCAAGAAGUGGAGCCCUCGGCCGGCGAGCAGCUCACUGCUCUUCUCUACCGCGAGCCAGACGCUCCUUUGCUGGCCACGGCACGAGAAGCAGAGAAGAAGAGGCUGAUGGAGCAGCAAGCUCAGGCGCAGGGCAGGGGGGGCAUGGGGGGAGGAGGGGGGACUGGGGGGACUGGGAGGAAUGGGGGGAAUGGGGGGAAUGGGGGCAAUUCGGGUACACGCCAGGCAGGGAACAGACGAGCGAGCCAGAAGAAAGAAGAGGAGGAAGAGGAGGAAGAGGAGGAUUCAGAUGAUGGGGAUGAUGAUGAUGAUGAUGAUGAUGAUGAUGACGAUGAUUCAGAUGAUGAUUCUGAUGAGGAUGAUGAGGAAGAUGAGGAGAGUGAGGAGGAGAAGGAGAAGGGGGGAAGAGGAGUGGGGGUCAAGUAG